GAGACGGCGGAACCAGACGCGUGCCUGAUGCAGACAAGACAGCGCGAGGCGCUGGUGCAAGACGCCCGAGCUAUGUAUGAUGACACGGCUCCGCGGUCACGGUGACGAAACAGCACAAUGCGUACGGGACGCAUGCCGCAGCAGCCACUGUUUAAUACUCGAGCAAGCCUGAGCACUCCCUCUCCCCUGCCUCUCGUGCGCACCACCCGACGCGGAAAUGCCACACCAACUCCCCUGGCGCACACGCGUCACUGACCACCCUGGCUCGACCCCCGCCGCCAUCGCCGCCGAGCCGGACUGGGCCGCGCUGCACGCGCACGACCACCGCAUCGGCUUCCGCAGCAAGCACGGCGACCGGUUCCCGGGGCUGACGCACGGCGGCGACGAGCACGGGGAGGACGCGGGGGAGCUUUCCGGCGCGGCGAAGGCGGAGUACGAGAAGCUGAAGGAGAAGGCAGCGACGGGCGAGUUGGUGAAUUGGAGGGAUUUGGUCGAGGGCGAGCGGGACUUGAGUCUGAAGCAGCCCGGAAAUAGGAGUGAGGGGUGGAGGUAUGUGUUGGAGUUUACGGAGGAUUGGGUGAGGGAUGGGGAGGAGUGGCCUGCGAAUGUGCAGAAGCGGCGGCAGGAAGAGGAGAAGCGGGUGAAAGAGCGGGGAGAGAAGGGUAAGAGUACGGAUGGGAAAGAGGAGGAAGCGGAGAAGAGUCCGAAUUCGAAAGGCGAGGAUGAAGGAAAUCAAGACGAAGAGAAGUGGAAGCGCGAAACUGGCCAGGAUGGCAAGCACCACGAUGCCUACGCAGCCAAAGCAGGCUCUGACUCGGGGUACUCCAGCGAAGGAUCCCAACCCCACAAGACAGAAUACGAAGAGCUGCGAGAACGCUACUCGCCCCAAGAAAUCGCUCUCCUGCGAGCGCUCCAGCACGAAAAAGACUACAUCACGACUCUCGAGCAAAACGACGGGAAGCGCAAGAGCCCGCAACACAACAACCUCACGACCGUCUCCAUCGACGAGGCAGACCAGUUCUCGCCCGACAAUUGGCUGCCCCGCUCGUCAGACUUAAUUCGUUUGACGGGCAAGCACCCCCUGAAUGCAGAAGCACAUCUCACGCAUCUCUUCGAAGCGGGCCUCAUCACGCCGACGGAGCUGCAUUACGUCCGCAACCACGGCGCUGUGCCGCGGCUGAUGUGGGAGUUCCACGAACUGGAUGUCGAGAACGGGGCGCUUGUGCUUUCCAUGGACGACCUAAAGAGCAAUUUCGACGCGAUCAACAUCCCUGUCGCGCUGGCGUGUGACGGAAAUCGGCGCAAGGAACUGAACUUGGUUAAGAAGUCGAAGGGCUUCAAUUGGGGCGCUGGCGCGGUCAGCUGUGCGUACUGGAAAGGACCGCUGCUGAGAGACGUGCUACUCGCGGCGGGAGUGGAGCACGAGACGUCCGGCGGGAAGCGGUACUGGGUCAACUUCGAGGGCGCGGAUGAGCCGAGCGAGGGCAAGUAUGCGACGUGCAUUCCGUUUGAUUACGCGAUGGACCCGACGAACGAUGUGAUACUGGCGUACGAGAUGAACGACACUCCGCUGCCUCCAGACCACGGGUAUCCUGUUCGACUGAUGAUUCCGGGGUACGUCGGUGGGCGUUGUGUCAAGUGGCUCAAGCGCAUCUGGAUCUCGGAGAAGGAGAACGAGUCCUACUACCACAUCUGGGACAACCGCGUACUGCCGUCUUUUGUCACAGAGAAGGACGGCGCGUUUGCAGAGACCUUGUUCAGCCACCCCAGCACAGCCUGCAACGAGCAGAACCUCAACUCGGUCAUCGUCAAGCCGGCGCAGGGCGAGAAGAUUCCACUUGCGUCCGCGAAGAAGGGCGAGACAUAUCGCAUAGAGGGGUACGCGUACGACGGCGGAGGCCACGAAGUCCAGCGAGUCGAGGUCUCACUCGACGACGGAGAGACGUGGCUGUACUGCAUUAGAAAGUUCCCCGACGCGCCGGUCCGCCACGGCAAGAAAUUCUGGACGUGGCUGCACUGGCACGUCGACGUCGACUUUGCGCAUCUCCUGCAGGCGAAGAGCAUCACCGUGCGUUGCUUCAAUGUGUUCAAGAACACGCAGCCUCAGCACGGGAAUUGGAAUAUCAUGGGCAUGAUGAACAACGGCUGGUACGUUGUCAAGCCGUUUGUUGUUCAGGACGAUGACUCCGAGACUCCUUCCAUCCUGUACAGGCACCCUGUCGAGCCAGGGACAGGUGAUGGCGGCUGGAUGAAGCCCAGUACUGAGAACCAAAUUGCUACUGCCAAGCAGGAGGCUGGCGCGCCGUCGAAGCAGUUCACGAGGGAAGAGAUUGAGAAGCAUGCUACAGAGAACGAUUGCUGGAUUGUAGUCGACAACAAGGUCUACGAUGCGACGAGCGUGUUGGAAUGGCACCCGGGAGGCAAGGCGGCGGUGAUGAGCCAUGCUGGGAAGGUGCAUGCCGAGACGAGCAAUGAGUUUGAGAGCAUUCACGAUGGAUAUGCUUAUCAAAAGCUCAAAGAAUGCAUUCUCGGCACAGUCACCGACAAGGCUGCAGCGUUCAUCAAGCAGAGCGCGGAGGCAGCGGCAAAAGAGAAAGCCCAAUCAUCACAAGACUCAGACAAGAUUACGCUACAAAAGCACAGAUGGGUCCCAGUAAAGUUGCUCGACCGCAAGUCCAUCUCAGACGACACGCGAGCCUACACGUUCCAGCUCCCUGACGGCAAACCCGACCUCGGCCUCGGAACGUGCCAGCACGUCCAAUUAGGCUUCCACAUGAAAGACCGCAUGCUAAUCCGCUCUUACACGCCGACCAAGCCUCUCCUCCCCGACGCCCAGGCAAGCGACGACAAAACCCAAUCGUUCCGCGACGGCAACGGCACCUUCGAGCUCACCGUCAAAACCUACUUCCCCACGUCUGAGCAGCCCGGCGGCGCCAUGUCCAACAUCCUCGACUGCAUGCCGCUCGGCGAGUCGAUCGAGAUCCGCGGCCCGACCGGGGAGAUUGAGUACAAUGGCAACGGCGCCUUCACCAUCUCAGGCAAGCAGUAUACCUUCACCCGCAUCAAUCUCGUGCUCGGCGGCAGCGGCAUCACGCCCGGCUACGCGCUACUGGCGCGCGCGAUGCUUUCUGCAGAUGACAAGACACAGAUACGCGUCGUUGAUGCUAAUAAGAGCGAGAAGGAUAUCCUGCUCAAGGAGGCGCUGGAUGGGUUCGAGAAGGAGAGUAAAGGUAGGCUGAAGAUCACGCAUGUCCUGAGCCAUCCAUCAGAUGACUGGAAGGGCAAGAAGGGGCAUGUGGAUGCCGGUAUUAUGAGAGAGGCGCUGUUUGGGCCUGGCGAGGAGACGGGGGUUUUCUUGUGCGGCCCGCCGGCUAUGGUUCAGAAGGCUGCGUUGCCGGCGUUGAGGGAGUGGGGGUUCAAGGAGGAGGAGAAUGUGUUUGGGUUCUAGAUGU